CGCAUUCGAUAUACAAAAUGGCCGAAUUAUUGAGUCAGUUCACUACAACGCCAUCUAGACGUAAUUUAUGUAAAGGUUUUAGUUUAUACAAAUGUAACUAGAUAGCACUAGUUAGUCUGAACCGAACUGUUUUCGAAUAACUUAAAAAAGACGCAAUAGCCCCGUAGACGCAAUUAGCCUAGUUGACCUUACUAAUAUGAGGAAUCCAGUGGAGCCAAUAGAAAUGUUGGGUAUCACUUUGAGGUACCUAGGAAGUGGAAAUACGAUUCAAGAUUUAGAAUUCAAAUUUAAACGGGGGAAAUCUACGAUUGCAUGUAUGAUAUUGAGAGUAUGCGAAGCUAUAUGGAAACAUCUUCUUCGUGACAACAUCCCUGAACUGACAACAGACCGAUUCCAAAAAAUAGCAUCUGAUUUUGAUGUCAGAGCAAAUUUUCCUCAUUGCAUCGGGGCCAUCGACGGAAAGCAUAUACGCAUGUGUAAUCCUGCUAAUAGUGGCUCCCUCUUUUUUAAUUACAAAUCUUUUUUUUCUAUGGUGUUGCUAGCUGUUGUGGACUCUAACUAUAAAUUUACUUUUGUCGAUAUUGGCGCAUACGGAAAAGAGUGCGAUUCAACUGUUUUUCAAAACUCAAAACUGUACGAGUUAAUGAUUUGCGAGAAGCUGCCAUUGCCUGAUCCCCAGCCACUAUGUGGUUUUAAUAGACCAAUCCCAUAUGUGUUAGUGGGUGACGAAGCUUUUGGAUUAAGCAAACAUGUUAUGCGUCCUUAUGGUGGUAAAAAUCUCGAUGUAAUACAGAUGGUAUUCAAUUAUCGUCUUAGCAGGGCAAGAAGAUAUGUCGAAUGUGCUUUUGGAAUCAUGGCAAACAAAUGGCGCAUUUUUCACAGACCGAUAAACGUAUCCUAUGAUUUUGCUACUGCCAUUGUAAAAGCAUGUUGUGUCCUACAUAAUUUUGUGGCCGAUCGGGAAGGUGUUCGUCAAAAAGAUAAAUUGGCGAUAAUUUGUGAUGAGUUUCACUCUCUCCAACCCCAAAAUGAAGAAUUGACAGCAGCUAAUGGCAUUAGAAAUGAAUUUGCAAACUAUUUUAUGAGCAGCACAGGAUCUUUGAAGUGGCAAUUAAAGAAAAUUUAGUCAUGUUACUAGUAUGAAGAAAAAUAAGGACUCACCAAUUUU